UGACAUCUCUCAGGCUUCUCUCUGCUAUCUAUCUCUCUUUUGAGUGCAGACAGCUAAGCACGGUGCAGUUGCACGAAGCGAACAACUGUCUUCACUCUAAUUGCAGCUCUAGCCUUGACUGACCGGUGCUGGGUGCGAGCGGGAUUGGUUAUGCCAAUUUUAAAUGCCGCAUGUGAGUGCGUGUGUUCCGUUGCUCGUAAAAAUUGAUUCGACAGCACCCUAACGCGUUUCUGUAACCCGACAAGAUGAGCAAACGGUUGAAGCUGGCUGGUGUCUCAAGAGCAUUACGUUCCAACAGAACCUUCGUGAACGCGGACUCCUCGGAGAAGACGUCGCCCUACUUCGCCGACGAGAAACCGGUGAAGAAACGUAAACCGAUCAAGAUCGAGCACGAAGCGACGGACGUCGAAGAGGCCGACGUUACGUCAGUUGCGGUAAAGAGCGAAGCUGCGGAAGCGUUGACGGACGUCAAAACUGAGAAUUGUGAGGUGAAGCACGAGAAUGCGGUUCAAUCGACAGACCCGAAGGGCAUCAAGGAGGAACAGUGGAUGCCACCGAACUGGGAGACGAUUCUCGAAAACAUUAAAGAAAUGAGGAAACACGAGGCGGCCCCGGUCGACACGAUGGGUUGCCACAAGUGUGCGGACCCCGACGCCAGUCCCGUGGUGUCUCGAUAUCAAUCGCUGAUCGCCCUGAUGCUGAGCAGCCAGACGAAGGAUCAGGUCACGCACGCUGCUAUGCAGCGCCUCAACUCUUACGGUUGCAAGCCAGAUAUAAUAGCAGCUACCCCCGACGACGUUCUGGGCAAGCUGAUAUUUCCAGUCGGAUUUUGGAAAAGGAAAGUGGAGUAUAUAAAGAGGACGUCAACAAUCCUUCUCGAUAAAUACGGUGGCGAUAUACCGAGGACAGCGAAAGAAUUGUGCGAGCUACCAGGGGUAGGGCCUAAAAUGGCUCACAUAUGCAUGCAAAUUGCCUGGGGAGAAGUGUCCGGCAUCGGCGUGGACACGCAUGUUCACAGGAUUUGCAACAGACUGAAAUGGGUGAGAAAACCGACGAACACGCCGGAGGGGACCAGACACGAGCUGGAGGAUUGGCUUCCGAAACCCCUGUGGAAAGAAGUAAAUCACCUCCUCGUGGGAUUCGGUCAGACCACUUGUCUACCUCGAUUUCCCAAGUGCUCGGAGUGUCUCAACAGGAACAUUUGCCCGUACGCCCCGAAAAGCGGCGGAAAGAAAAAGAAGUAACGAACGCACGUUUAUAUAUCGUGUACGUACACGACGUUCACAAAGUUAUAAAAUAUAUUUAUUUCGAGUUUUUGCAGUAAA